CCAUACCAUUUAGAGAUGCUAAAUUUCUUCUGGAUUCAAGAUAAACUCUUAGAUAAUUUUUCUGUUAAUUGAAAACUAUGCUUCUUCAAAAGGUACAGCUUAUUUCCUUUCUGAUUUGUUGGUUUCAAUUUAGCAUUUCUUUUAAAAAGCCUAAUGUAUUUUAAAGUUUUCCUGUCUAAUUCAAAAGAUACUUUAAUACCUUCCCAUAGGCACUUAUAUAUAGAUUCUUAUACAAAUCUUACAUCUGAUUUAAAGUCUCUGCCCUAUUCUUUUCUAUUCUGACCAGAACUCCUACAGAAAUAUCUCAGGCUCCAGAUCUUCUGGCUCUGUGAGUGAUAUAUUAAUUUCCUAUUGCUGCUAUAACAAAUUACCACAAAUGUAGUAGCUUAAAAUAACACAGAUUUAUUAUUUUACAGUUCUAGAAGACAGAAGUCCAAAAUGGGUCUCACUAGACUAAAACUGAGAUGUCAGUAGGGUUAUGGUCCUUUCAGAAGCUCUAAUGAAGAAUGUUUCUUUGCCUUUUCCAGCUUCUAGAGGCUGCUGUCAUUCCUUGGCUUGUGGCCCCCAGCCAGCCAUCAUAUCACUAUUUUGUCCACAAGUGCUUGUGGAAAAGAUGGCUGAUAUUAACCUCAAAGAAGUAACUUUAAUAAUAGGUGUGGUUGCUGCUUGCUAUUGGAACAGCCUCUUUUGUGGUUUUGUUUUUGAUGAUGUUUCAGCAAUACUGGAUAAUAAAGACCUGCAUCCAUCUACACCUUUAAAAACUUUAUUUCAGAAUGAUUUCUGGGGAACCCCUAUGUCUGAAGAGAGAAGCCACAAGUCUUACCGUCCCUUAACAGUAUUGACAUUUCGCUUAAAUUAUCUGUUUAGUGAACUGAAACCGAUGUCAUAUCAUCUCCUAAAUAUGAUUUUUCAUGCUGUGGUUAGUGUGAUAUUUCUUAAAGUCUGCAAACUUUUUCUGGAUAACCGGAGUAGUGUGAUUGCUUCUUUACUUUUUGCAGUGCACCCAGUACACACAGAAGCAGUAACAGGCGUUGUAGGAAGAGCAGAACUUUUGUCAUCUAUCUUUUUUCUAGCUGCAUUUUUGUCAUAUACCAAAUCAAAAGGACCAGAUAAUUCCAUAGUGUGGACUCCAAUUGCAUUGACAGUUUUUUUAGUGGCUGUUGCAACACUGUGUAAAGAACAAGGAAUAACAGUUGUGGGAAUUUGCUGUGUGUAUGAAGUAUUUAUUGCCCAGCGGUAUACUUUGCCAUUAUUAUGUACUACUGCUGGACAGUUUCUUCGUGGAAAGGGUAGUAUUCCAUUUUCUAUGCUGCAGACGUUAAUAAAACUCAUUGUUUUGAUGUUCAGUACACUAUUACUUGUUGUGAUAAGAGUCCAAGUUAUUCAAUCCCAACUUCCAGUAUUCACCAGGUUUGAUAACCCAGCUGCUGUAAGCCCAACUCCUACAAGGCAGCUAACUUUUAACUAUCUCCUUCCUGUGAAUGCUUGGCUUCUAUUAAAUCCUUCAGAGCUCUGCUGUGAUUGGACCAUGGGAACAAUACCACUUAUAGAGUCAUUUCUGGAUAUUCGAAAUCUUGCCACAUUUAUUUUUUUUUGCUUUUUGGGGGCUUUGGGAGUAUUCAGUCUCAGAUUCCCUGGUAAUUCCUCCAAGACUGUUUUAAUGGCACUUUGUUUAAUGGCAUUACCAUUUAUUCCUGCAUCGAACCUUUUUUUCCCAGUUGGAUUUGUUGUUGCUGAGCGAGUAUUAUAUGUUCCUAGCAUGGGGUUCUGUAUUUUGGUAGCCCAUGGAUGGCAGAAAAUAUCAAACAAAAGUGUAUUAAAAAAGUUGUCCUGGGUUUGUCUGUCUAUGGUGAUAUUCACUAAUGCCUUAAAAACACUCCACAGAAAUUGGGAUUGGGAGUCUGAAUAUACGCUGUUUAUGUCAGCCUUGAAGGUAAAUAAAAAUAAUGCCAAAUUAUGGAAUAAUGUGGGUCAUGCUCUGGAAAAUGAAAAGAACUUUGAUAGAGCUUUGAAAUACUUCUUACAGGCUACCCAUGUUCAGCCAGAUGAUAUUGGUGCCCACAUGAAUGUAGGAAGAACUUAUAAAAACUUAAAUAGAACCAAAGAAGCUGAAGAAUCUUAUAUGACAGCUAAGUCGCUGAUGCCUCAGAUUAUUCCUGGUAAGAAAUAUGCAGCCAGAAUUGCACCUAACCACUUAAACGUUUACAUUAAUCUGGCCAACCUGAUACGAGCAAAUGAGUCCCGACUGGAAGAAGCAGAUCAGCUGUACCGACAAGCAAUAAGCAUGAGGCCUGACUUCAAGCAGGCUUACAUUAGCAGAGGAGAAUUGCUUUUAAAAAUGAAUAAACCUGUCAAAGCAAAAGAAGCAUAUCUUAAAGCACUAGAGCUGGACAAAAAUAAUGCAGAUCUUUGGUACAACUUGGCAAUUGUUCAUAUUGAACUUAAAGAACCAAAUGAAGCCCUAAAAAACUUUAAUCAUGCUUUAGAAUUAAAUCCAAAGCAUAAGCUAGCAUUAUUCAAUUCUGCUAUUUUAAUGCAAGAAUCAGGUGAGGUUAAACUCAGACCUGAAGCUAGAAGACGACUUCUAAGCUAUAUAAAUGAAGAGCCACAAGAUGCUAAUGGUUAUUUCAAUCUGGGAAUGCUGGCCAUGGAUGACAAAAAGGACACUGAAGCAGAGAUGUGGAUGAAGAAAGCCAUAAAGUUACAAGCCGAUUUCAGAAGUGCUUUAUUUAAUCUGGCUCUUCUGUAUUCUCAGACUGCAAAGGAAUUAAUGGCUUUGCCAAUCUUGGAAGAGUUACUCAGAUACUAUCCUGAUCAUAUCAAGGGUCUCAUUUUAAAAGGAGACAUUCUGAUGAAUCAAAAGAAAGAUAUACUUGGAGCCAAAAAAUGUUUUGAAAAGAUUUUGGAGAUGGAUCCAACCAAUGUGCAAGGAAAACACAAUCUUUGUGUUGUUUAUUUUGAAGAAAAGGAUUUAUUAAAAGCUGAAAGAUGCCUGGUUGAAACAUUGGCAUUAGCACCACAUGAAGAAUAUAUUCAACGCCAUUUGAAUAUAGUCAGGGAUAAAAUUUCUUCAUCUAGUUUUGUAGAACAGCCAAUAUUCCCAACUGGUAAGACUUCAGGUGUAGAAGGAGGCAAAAUUCCAGCUGAAAAUGCAAAAGAAAUCAAAAGUCAGCCCAGACCCACACAGGUAAUAAAAACAAGUGAUAAUAAAAGUCAGUCUAAAUCCAACAAACAAAUAGGAAAAAAUACAGACAAAGAAACCCCCCACAAAACAACAAAAGAAAUCAAAGAAAUUGAGAAGAAAAGAGUUGCUGCUUUAAAAAGAUUAGAAGAGAUUGAACGUAUUUUAAACGGUGAAUAGCAUUACUCUUUAUCAUGUGACAAUGGUUUCAAAGAACUUCAGUCUAUAUCAUGUGGUUACUUAUACUGAGAGCUUUGAAAAAUAGCAAGGAUGCUAACAGUCUAUCAUGAGCUGCCUCUACGUAGGAUCAAAAUAAGAUUUUCAGUAAAGACCCUUUCAUUACCCCAGGGUAUGUAUUAUAUAUGACAGUAGUUUUUUUGAGUUUGGGUGACUAUAGCAGAAAUUACAGGUGGCAAAUUUGUAUCUUUUCUUAUAGAAGGAGGAUUCUUUCAGCAGAAUAAUAUUGACUACUCUCAAUUAAAAAUAAUCUGAGACCUGAAUGAUAAUCUCAUGGGGGCAAAUCUAACACGUGCUGGUUUAUUCUGUGAAUUCACAUUUAUUAGCUAACUUCAUUUUUCCGUUAACUAUUAGAAUCUGACUAUGGGUUAAAAACACUUACUGAACACAUUCUUUUUCUUCAGUAACCUAUUUAACCAAGGGAAUUUGCACUGCAAAAGAAUACUGGCUGGCUUUCUUUCUGUUGUGUUCUUUUUUGAUUUUAGAAGGAACACCAAAUGAAACAUUCUAAAAUAAGUCGUAUGACAUGUUAGCUUAAGAAUGUAUUUUCAUACCUGUGUGCUUGUUGUUAACUUCACUCUAAAUGGCAGUUUUUAAUCAGGCAAAGUUUUAAAUAUAUAUAUACACACACACAUACAUUUCUGAUGGUGCUCGUAUAUACUGUAUUUUCAUUUUUUUACAUACUGAGAGUUUCACAUCAUGAACUACAUAAUCGUGACUCUUCGAUUUUUAUUUCCCAAACUAUUCCUGUUUCUUAGGGUCAUAGUCAUAUUGAGAAGUCCCAGUAACUAUAACUUUAUUAAACUUUUGAGUUAAAACAUAGUUUCUCUUUCAUCAUAGUGUUAUCUUUCUAAUGUUACUUGAACUUUAAUUUUGUUUCCAAAAACAUACCUUAAUUAUUCUUAGAUACCUUAAUUACCUAAAUUGAGUCCUGUUUAACUGAAGGCAAAAACAGUGUGACAAAGUUUAUUUUUAAACACUAAGUUCUUAAUAUCUUGUUAUGGUGUAUAUUUUUAUUAAAUAUUUAUUUUGACUACUGAGCUUUCAUAAAAAUUUUAAUGCUGUUUUAAGUCCAUCAAGUAUGGAAAAUAAAUUACUAUUGCAUUUUUCUAUAUGUGCAUAUAUUAUGGUUUAACCAAAAUUUCGUCAUUUUUGGUCUGCUGUCCAGCUAGAAAAAAGACCUUUAGCCUAGUAUAGGAUUAACAAAGUAGUCAGUUGGUUUUAGCAAAUUUAAACCUGAAAAAUUUGAAGAGUAGAUACAAAUCAAAUUUAUUAAUUUAAAUCUGACUUUCUUCAUGAGUUAAAAUGCAUUUUAUAAUACCUAAUAAAGUUGGCUUUAAUUUAAAAUGUUAAAGCUCAAGCUAUCAUCUUGGGAUAGUAACUUCUAAUUAUGUAGCGUUUCAAAAACUGUAUUUCGAUUCCUUUGAGAUAAUUUAUUUCUAAUUAUGUUUCAAAAACCAUAUCCUGUAACUUUUUUCUUAAAGGAAUGUUUUAUAAAUAGGUCAUAAGAAACAGGGUCUGCAUUAAAGACCCACUCUUACUAGGUUCUCUGAGGCUCUGUCAGAGAUUAUUUUUUAGGCAAUAUGAAGCAAGCACUGACACCAGUGGUAGUUCAUUUUUGAUUCAUUAAAGCAAUACCUAAUUCCAGUUUUUAAAUUAUAGCUUUGUGACUCUAGAUAUAAGGUGGAGAAUACCUCAUUAUACUAUGACUUGAAAAAUGAAAUUGUUAUUGUUACAUUCUUUACACAUAUCUUGAGAAGAAGUUUGAGUUUGAUCUCUUCUGUUAUAAUGUCAAGUGAGGAUAGUUCAGAAAAGUAGAAGGAAAUCUUUUAUGACAGCAGACCGUAAUAAAAGCUUUGGAUAGUAGUUUAAUGAAAUUAUGUAACUAUUCAAAAGAUAAAAGAUAUAUUAGUAUUAUACAGUGAUUUUCAUAGAAAAAAAGGAUUUUCUCCAUAUUAGCACUUAGAACAGUGCCUAUCAUGUAGGAAGUGCUCAUAUUUUGAAUAAUUUAUUUAAAUUCACCCUGAGUAAUUAAUAAUUUUUCCAAAUCAGUGUUUCUCAAACCUCAUUUCAUAUUAGAAUCAAAGGCUCUCAGAGUGAUUCUAAUUUGUAGUGAGGGUUAAGGACCACUGCUCUAAAUUCGUUCAAGAAAAUCCUCUUAUCUCUUUUAUGUUAAGUUUUAAAUUAGUGAUAUAAUGCAAUUAAGUUUUAACUUCCAUUAAAGAAUGUGCUCUUCUGAUACCUAGUAUUUAUUCCAUCUUAAGUUCCAGCAAUCUUGCUUAUGUGUAAGAGAUUAUUUCUUCUCUUUAAAUUCAUAAUACAAAUUUUAUUCAAGCUGUUCAGGUGAAAAAGGCAAUGAAUAUUUUUUUCCUUUGAAUCUGCCAUUUGGAGGAAAUGGGGGGUAGGGACAUUUUAAUCCAGUUCACUAACCUGUGUUUCAGAGUUGUGAGCAUCUGUAAGUUUGUAAAAGAAAGCUUAUUAUAGGUUUAUAUACUAGUAAGGGGGUGUAGUUUUCGUUCUUGCUGUUU